AAUUAUUUUGAAUAAUGGAUUAAACAAUCUUGUCAAAAUAAAAUAACUAUCCUGGUUCAUAUAUAAAGCAAGAUUUAAAGGAAGCUGAAGAGGAACACAAGGCUCAUAAAGAAUUGUAAGAUAAGAAAUAUGGAUUAUAUUUUUUAUUGUUUUAAGGAUUAGUAUAUUUGAUAGCAAUAAUAAGUUUUGGAUUUGGGAAUCCAGAUCAAUUAGGAAAACCAUAUGAUAUAAAUUGUAUUGAAUAAAGUUUAUAAGUUAAUAGUGAAUGUGUGUGGAGUAGGUAUAGGGUUGGAGUAAUAUAAAUUUAUAUAUUUUACAAAUCCAACAGAUUCAAAACAUUUAGUGAGAACAGUUUGUGUAAAAGAAUGUCCAGUUUUGGCUGUUGAAAAUGAUGAAGAUGGUUCUAUAUAUUAAUAAAUAAAAUAGAAUCAUUAGAAUUGGAAUGCUAUCUAAAUAAGCUGAUAAAUUCAUGCAGAAAUAGACCAUCUAUUGAUGAUCCCACAUAUACAAUGUUAUAUUAUGAUUCAGUACAAUUUAUAGAUGUUUGUCUUCCUAAAAAGGCUAGUUAUUUCAAUAAUAUCUAAGAAGGAUUAGAAUAAUCAGGAAUAAUUAGUUUUUUAUCAGAUAUUAGUAACGGAAAGAUAAUAAUUUUUGCAACUCUGGCUUUAUGUUUAUUGUUAAAGUAAGAAUAGAUGAAAUAAUUAUAUUAGUUAGCUUUUUUACUUUUUGAUGGUUAAAUUAUAGGAGUCAGUAAUUUGGGUAAUAUCAAUAACAUCAAUAUUUGGUUUAUUUUUAUCAGGAAUAUUGGGCUUGUUUUAUUAUAUGAAAUAAUCUGGAUAUUCUGAACCUUUAAGUUCAGGAGUAGUAAUGUUAACAGAUGAGUAAGCAAUAGGUAGGAUUUAAGUAGAGGAAUCAAAUAUAACUAUAAUAUUGUUGUCUAGUUUAUUUUUCUUAUUAUUUGGUGUAUAUUUUUUGAUAGAUUUAAUUUUUAAUCGUAAGACAUAUAAAACUUUGGGAAUAAAGAUCUAAAUAGUAAAUUAUUUCUUUGAUUUUUCAACAUCUGAAAUUCAAUAAUAGGAAGGAUAACCAUCUAGAUUUAGAGAGAUUCUAAUACUAUUAAUGGGUAGUGCAGGCUGCUUAUUAGUAUUUUGUACAUUAUGGGUUUGGAUGGCAACGUAAAAUGAAUAAAUAUAAUAGUAAUCUAUUUUCGAUAGGAAAGGCAGAAGAAGGAUAUUAUGCAUUUAAUACAUUUUAGUUGAGUUGGACUACAUUCAUAAUGGGAUUUAUUCAUAUUUUUGAAUUGAUAGUAGUGACAUUAGCAAUAUUAGGUAGCGAGUAUAUGUUGUUAAUUGGAAAAGUAGUAGAAGUGUAUAAACAUAUGGGAAUUAAAAGAUAAAAAAUAAAUAGUUAAGAUCGCGAAUUAUCAUUAAUGGAUAUUUUUGAAAUAUAUGCAUUUAAUAAUUUUGGUUCUGUAGUAUUUGGAGAGAUUCUUAUAUUUGGAUUAAUGAUUCCUAGAUUAUUUAUUAGGAUAUAUGUAUGGAUUAGAUAAAAGAAGAAUCCUUAAUUUGUAAUAUCGGAUAGAUUACAAUAAAUAUUAUGCAUAAAUGAAAGAUCAUAUUUAUUAGCUUAUUUAAGAAAUGAUGAAUUUUUAAUGAGUGCUCAAUCUUAAUAUGUUUUUGAUUAGAAAUUGAAGGAGACAACUCAGGUUUAAUAUCAUGGUGAAUAAUUAUCAGUAACAUACUGUUUUGCAGUUGCUAAUUUAUGUGUUUCAUUAACUUACAUAUUAAUUAUAACAACUAGUACUAGUAUAGGAAUCCAUUAACCAGUUUAUUUCUUAAUGGUUUCAUUUAUAUUUUCUUAUUUUGUAAUAAUAGAUUUAAAUAUAUAUAGAUAUCUGCUAUGUUUUCAACUAUUUAUGGAGCAACAAUAGAUAAUUUGACAAUAUUAUUAUAUAGAGAUACAACAGCAGAUGGUAAGAUAGUAGGGACAUGUGUAAAAAAUGUAGUAAGAUUAAUGAAGGAAUCAGAUUUAAGUGAGUAGAAUCCACAAUAAUUAUAAAAUAAUAAUAAUGGAUAAGAAUGA